AUGGGACCUACCGGGGCCGGAAAGACGACAUUCAUCAACCUUGCUAGUGGCUCCCAGUUGCGAGUAGGAUCUGGCUUAGAAUCCGAAACAGCAUACAUACAAUUGUCGAAGCCGUUCAUACUCGACAAAUAUCAAAUCGUGCUGAUCGACACUCCUGGUUUCGAUGAUACUACCAAAUCAGAGGCAGAUGUGCUCAGGGGCAUUGCUGAGUACCUUGCUACCAUGCACACGAGGAAACAAUACCUGCACGGUAUUAUCUAUCUACAUCGCAUCACCGACAACCGCAUGGGAGGAACUGCCUUGCGCAAUUUUAGAAUGUUUCGAGAGCUGUGCGGGGGAGACGCCCUCGCAAACUGUGCCGUCGUUCUGAACAUGUGGAACGAGGUCAGCGACGAUAUUCGAAGGGCUCGUGAGAAGGAGCUAAGGGAGACCGACGUUUUCUUCAAACCUGCCAUCGAUGCCGGGACACUCAUGAUGCACCACGAAGGCGGGGCACCAUCCGCGAGGGCUAUCCUCAGCCAAAUAGCCCAGAAUAACCCCAGACCUUUUCUGAUACAGCGGGAGAUCGUGGAUAUGGGGAAACCAAUCUCCGAAACAUCGGCGGGGCUGGUGCUUCUAGGAGACCUAGCAGCGAAGCACCUCAAGCAACUGGCCCAAUUGCACGAGAUGGAGGCAGAGCUCGAGGAGGCGGUGCGACAGAAGGACGAAAAGGAGCAGAGAGAGCUUGAGGAGAUACAGCUCAAGACGAAGAGGGAGAGGGACAGACUUGAGGAGGAACAGAGGAGAAUACGCGAUGCUCCGGCCGUCGCGACGGAGGUACCGCUACGAACAGUGGGACCGCUGCAAACCAUCGUUACUAAGGUUUGGAGGGCAUGGAGAGCACUUCGCGAGCGUGUUUGA